GACGGCGAAGCAACGCAGCCCAGGAGUUUCCAUUUACAUACGUAUAUGUGCCACAUACACCCGUAUGUCCAUCUGUGGUUUUUCAUCUCGCCUGCAAUCUGUGUGAAAAGUGCAACAUUUGACAUUUCCGCCACUUCCGGUUUGAGUGGAGAGUUCCCAUACAAGGGGCUAACGGGUUUUUCUCUUCGAAAGGAGCUGGAGAAGUGCCGUUAGCAAAGGUUAUUAGCCAGGAAUAUUGCACGCCCACGCGAAGAGUGCGUAGAGCAACCACCAGCAGCUGCCACACUUGGCCAUAUUUGCACGAGUGUGUGCGAUUGUGUGAGGGUGUGCGAGCUUGCGAGUGUGGGAGUCGAAAAUCAAUAAGCCCCGUCGACGUCGUCGUUUUGGCCCAAGCCCCAUUAACCGGCCAUAUGGCAGUCGUUCUGGUGCACUGCUAGCCACAUAUUCCAUUUUCCAUUUGCAAUUUCCCAACCGAGACAAGAAAGAAAAACAAAGAAAGCCCAAGUGCAAUUUGUGCCAAGUGCAAGAUGGCGGCUCGCCUGGAAAUCACCGUUAGCCUCGCACUCGCUGCAACGGUGCUCUGCAGCAUAUUGGGUCAUUGCGAAAUGUCCGUUUACCCAGGACUGCGCCGCCGACCCAUCCAGGCGCCCGCAAUGACUCCGCAGGAGGAGCAGGAGUAUGCCUUCCUGACCCAGCAGAUGGAGCAAUUCGCCCGUCGCCGGCUGCAGCAGCAGUUCGAGCAGCAGCUGCAGGAGAUCAACAUGAAGAUGGACCGCCAGCGGGAGCUCCUGGAGCGGGACCGGUACCGGCAGCGGCAGCAGCAGCUGCAGGUGCAGCGCGAGGCGGAGGAGGACUAUGAGAGCAACGGGAACAACCUCAACCAGCAGUACGACCAGUAUGACAACGCGGAGGCGGAGGCCAGCUACGGUAGUCCCAUGGAUGCGGUGUCGGACAUCCAGAGUCCUCCGCUGUACCUGCCCCGUUGGCCCGUGCUGCCCAGUCUGCCCAAUCGGCCCAAUUUGGGCAGCUCCCCCAACCAGAACAGCGUGCUCCGCGAGCGAAUUCCCUUCGCCGUGGGUCCCAAUGAUGCCCGCUUCUUCGACAACCCGAACGAUCCCUCGGGCGAGCUGGAUUCCCGGGCUAUGGAUGACUACGAGGAGUACGCUCCCAUCGAACCCACACCCGAAGUGGCCACUACCGCCAGCAAGGCCAAGAUUGAUACGCCUGUGCCGGCUCCCGUGCCCGUCGAGCCGCCCAAGCUGCUGGAUGCCGCCAACGCCAACUUCCACCGCAUCAAUCCGCAGUCAGUGGCCGCCGCAGCAGUGGCGGGAGUGAAUCUGCCCCAGGCCAAGGAGCAAACGCCCCACGAGCUCAACGCACUGAUCAACAAGCUGCAGAAGCAGAGCAAGGCGCCUGCCCAUCUGACCCUGGUCCACGGCGGCGAUCCCAGCCAGGAACAGAUUGUGCUGCGACAGCACUUGGGCAUGAACAGCGAAAUGGGGGUGUACAUAGUGGCCCUGAUAGCGGGAGUCAGUGCAGCAGUGACCGUUGGACUGCUGGCCCUCGGAGUGACUUGGUUCCACAAUCGACACAAGGCGGCAGCGGAUGUGGAGUACCCAGCCUACGGGGUAACCGGGCCCAACAAGGAUGUCUCGCCCUCGGGCGACCGGAAGCUGGCUCAGAGCGCCCAGAUGUACCACUACCAGCACCAGAAGCAGCAGAUCAUCGCCAUGGAGAACCAGGCCACGGAUGGCAGCUGCGGCAUGUCGGACGUGGAGAGCGACGAUGACAACGAGGAGGGCGACUACACCGUGUACGAGUGUCCCGGCCUGGCGCCCACCGGCGAGAUGGAGGUGAAGAAUCCGCUCUUCCUGGACGAGACGCCGGCCACGCCGGCCAACAACCUUUCGUCCCAGACCACUGGGGCGCCCAAUGCCGCCGCCGCCGCGACCAACAACAACAUCACGCAGGCCACUCCCCAGCAGCCGGCCACCCAGAAGAAGGGCACGGUCAAGCCGAACAUGAAUCUCCUGAACGCCGCCGCCACAGCUGCAGCAGCUGCAGCCGCAUCGGCAUCCGCAGCCGCAUCCGGAGCGGAGGAGCCCAAGCAGAAGCGCAAGAGCAAGAAGUAAGGCGAUUGCACCUUGUUUUACCCUCUUGGGGCAAUUGGUAAAGUUUGACUGAUCCAUUGUCAGCCAACCGACACAUCCUCUCACACAGAUUCAGAAACAGAACAGACUAGGCAUACGUACGAAUUCCUAACAGAUACUCCGGGAAUCUAAUUCCGGGAGACGGGCAAAUCACACACACACGACACCCAGUCCACUGUCUCUAUUCUUCCCUAUAUGCAUAAGUCCUGUAAUGUAAUGUAAUCGCAUCGCUAUGCCGUAAGAAUAGCUCCCAGCACGCCUGAGCCACCCCCCACGUAUCCCACGACUCCCAAUCCCAAUCCACAUCCCUAUCCAGACACAGGCCCACCCACUCCCACUUGCACCCGCUGUCAGUUGCACAAUGCUGCUGGUUCCAUUACGAUGCCAGUGUGUGUAAUUCUAUUUCGCAAGGCAGCGACGGGUUAUUGUAUAUCAAACCUUUUUGGUCUCCGCGAUGGGUUGGAAUACCUAGUUGUUUAGGGCCCUGGGAGGGAGGGCCAACCAAGCGAGGCAAACUAACAUAUUAUAUUAUAAAUUAUUAUAAAUAUAUGUAUACACACACACACGUACAUAUUUAUAUACAUAGAUAUAUAUUCAUGUAAUUAUUGUAUUGUAUAUACACACGGAGGCGGACACCUUUUUACUUACCUGCCUGUGUGGUGUACUAUCUUUUCUUAUUUUUACUACGCUUUGUGAUCGAUCCUAAAUUAUCUGUGUCAAUUUAGAAAUACAAUUCUGGUAACCAACCUGUAUGCAUGCAAAACAUAUUUAGAGGAGGAGCAGGAGUAGGAGGCGCGACUUGAGACGGGAGACGAGGAGAAGAGGAUUAUUUACAAGUAAAACUUAACAAUAAUUUCCCUGCACAUUCAUGUAAAGUAAAUGAAAAACGACUGAUAACACACAAAGAUAACACGCGUCUAUUGUACAAACAAAAAACUAAACGAAACGAAACGAAAGAAACAAUUUAUUUACUGAUUAGCGAGAGAUUAGCAAAGGAAACUAUCAGCGGAAUCGAUUCCCAGACCCCAGAGACAACUAUAGGAAACUGUAGCGAACAUUUUACUAUAUUAUAUCCUCAAUUGCUGUAAAUAAACAUGAAACAUUGGGCAGAGGACGGGAGUUAGGAACCAUUGCGGCCGAAACAUACACUGAAUACAACUGAAUUGAAGAACUUGCGAGUUCAAAAACUAGCUAAACAAAACAGAACACGAAUAUUAUAUUUCUAUUGACUAGUCGAAAAUGCAAAGCAUCGUGGAGCAUUGGAAAUUGAAUUUGAAUUUGAGUCCCAAAUCGAAACUGACUUAGCCACAAUAAAAUGCGCGUAGCAUGUGAACGUACGUUGAGCGUAAUGUUGAGUUUGAAAUAUAUAUUUUAUGGUGUUUGGCCACAGACACGUGAAAAUAGUCCGAACUCUGGCUGAAACGAGCACUGGAAAUGCAAAUUUGCGGGCGGAGAAAGAAGAGCAUACUUUAAUUUAUUCAUGUAUGAUAACCGUAACAACACAAAUUAUACAAUAUGCAUACGGAAUAAACUAAACUAACCGAA